GAGAUGUGAUACCUUCAAAGAAGGCCUUGUGCGUGUUUAAGUUAAAUUUCAUAAAAAUUGGGAUUUGGAACACCGUUAAAAGAACAUGCAAUGAAAUUCAACCAAGGGGAAGCGAGGAAGUCACUUAACAAAGUUAAUAACUGUAAUUUUCAAUAAGGCUAUGAUUUAUGUUUGUUUGUCUUGUGUGUUUUGUUUGUUUAUAAUAUUGUGAAAACUAAUAAAAAAAAUUUGGGGGAAAAAGAAGGCCUUGUGUAUGAAAUUGGAUGGAUGAAAAAUAUUAUAAAGACCCGGAAAAGGCGAAGAAGAAGAAGGAGCCGCUAGACUCUAGACUAGAGGAAGGUAAGGAAGAGCGGCAGGAGGAGGAAAAGCUGCGCAAGGAAGAGGCGCGGCGCGGCGAAGGCGGAGCGCUGCUGGGCUGCACCUGGCGCGCCUUUUCCUCCCCGGCGGGUCCCCCGAGAGACGGGCGGACGAGGCGGUGCUCCGGCAGCCGGCGAAGCCUCCUCCUCCUCCAGCAUCAGCGUGCAGCAGCCCGGGGAGGCGGGCCCUGCAGGGCGCCGGUGUUCUGGGGCGCGACCGGGGUCAGCCAGCCAGCCAGACGCGCCGAGGCGAGCAGGAGAUGGUGCGCCACGCUCGCCAUCCGCCGCCGUCCAGCAACAGCAGCACUCGAGGCGCCGACGUUAGGGCUGCCAGGGCCGCCGCCGCCGCCCCAACCCCCAGCUGCAGUCGCCUAGCGAGCCUAGCGCCCCCCUCGCGGAGCCGAGGUGAGUCUCUGCCUCCGCGCGCCCCUCCCCGCCUCUCCGCCUCCUCUUCCCCGGCCAAGGCGAGCGCGGAGAGGCGCGCGCUGCCCUCGCGCCUUGCGGAGAAGGAACAAAAGGCUGAGAGAAGGGCUGGCGGGUGGAGCUGCUCCCCAGCUGCUGCUGCUGCUGCUGCUAUUAUUAUUAUUAUUAUUAUUAUUAUUAUUAUUAUUAUUAUUAGAACGGCAGAGGCGUGACGUCGAGGAACCCGAAUCAAUCUCUCUCUCCGCGUGUGAAAGAAAAAUAGUAAUCUGGGGAGGCCAUGCCAUCCCAUAAGGGACCCCUGGCAAACUCUAGGGUGGGCUCCUUCUGUGGGUUUGGAACAUAGGUGCCAUCGCAACGCCGAAGAUUGUGGAUGCCUGCAACUUUGCCCAUUGACUUUUUUUGGGGGUGGAGGUGCCAAGUCCCCACAAAUAUAUUAUUGUGGGUGCCGGAGCACCCACGGCCCCCUGGAGUUGGCUCUUGUGGUUUAUUAUUGUUAUUAUUAUUAUUAUUGGAAUGGCAGAGGCGUGGCCUGGAGGAACCCGAAUGUGUAUGUGUCUCUCUCCGUGUGAAAGAGAAAUAGUAAUCUGCGGAGGCCAUACCUUCCAAUAAGGGACCCCUGGCAAACUCUAGGACGGGCUCCUUUUUGUUUUGUUUUGUUAUUUUGGCAAAGUAAUAAUAAUAUAAAAAUAAAAAUGUACACCCCCACCCCUAAGAGACCAUUCCAUUGGAGCUAUCCAACCUCCCAAAAUUUCAACACCUUUUGAUGGUUUGACCCCUUUCCCUUUUAACAGUACAAAAUUCUACAAACAUCUUCCAUAUCUCCUCAAAAUUGUUACUUCUGCAUAGACCGGGUGGGCUCCUUCUGUGGAUUUGGAACAUAGGUGCCACCCCAUGCCGAAGAUUGUGGAUGCCUGCAACUUUUCCCAUUGACUUUUUUUUUUGGGGGGGGGGAGGUUCCCAGUCCCCACAAAUAUAUUAUUGUGGUGAAGCACCCACAGCCCCCUGGAGUUGGCUCCUGUGGUUUGAAAGGAAGAUGGGUGCAUAGGAGCCAGCCCCUAAGGCCUGAGAGGUCUUUGCCCCCCCCUAAAAUAUUUGAGGGGGCCAGCCUCCCCAAAGUUAAUGGCCAUUCCCGUUCAAAUAGGUUGCAUGCACUGUGUCAUGUGAAUGAUUAUGUGGGGCAGGGCUUACCUGGGUAUCCCCAAUAUUUUAUUAAAGUUGGCACCCCUGGGGGGUGUGUCUGUGAUGGGUGUUUGUGACAUUAUUUAAGUUCCUUAGAAAAUAAUUUGACGUGCGUUGAAAUCCUCAUAUGUGCUGGGAACGCAGCACAGGGCAGAGUGGUUGAAUUCACAUGCACAGACAUACACGGGAGUUAAUAAGCUCCUGUCAAUGGAUCAAGCCUGCGCACUGUCUCCUCAGAAGGAAAACUCAUCCGAGUGCUGUGGGACCUGCCUCCAGGUCAAGUGUGUACAGUCCUGGCGUUACGCUCUACGUACAGUUUGUGUUCUCAUUUUGUCUUUUUCCGUUGUGAACCGCCCUGUGAUCUUUGGAUGAAGGGAGGUAUGCAAAUAAUAAUAAUAAUAAUAAUAAUGACAAUGCAAGCUCUAUGUUCCUGAAUUCUGGCUUAUUGCUCCUGCUGCUGUUAUCCUUGGCCCUCUGCUUCUGUGUUAAGUGCUUAAGUUUUAAGUGCAUUGGGAGAAUUGAAAAAACAAAACAUUAAAUGAGUACCAAAAUUAAAUUAUUUAACAAGAGGAUCAGACGGGCAUCAUUUCCCACUGCUCCACCAGGUCCUCUGGAUGUUUGAGGGACAGCGGGGCUGUUAAUAAACCCGACUCCUGUUUGUUUUUGUGAUGUGCCAGGGAGCCGGCGUUUUCCUGCCGGGGACUUCCGCAAAUGUAAUUGCCAGUGGAAAGAGAAAACAUUGCAAAAGCAACUGGGCGGUGGUUAACAUGGGAAGAGAGGGCUACUUAGAGAGAGGCAGCCAAUCGUGCGCUUGCAUUUACUAAAAGGAAACAACACCUCUCUGUGUGUCAUCCUUGCUGUUACCGGUGUCAUUUGCAAAAGUGGUGUUGUUGCUUGUAAAAGCAGCUAAAAUAUCGGAGGGCUUUUGUGCACAAAGGUAAAACACUUUCAUGGGACUUUGCCUGCAUUCUCACUAUCGCACUCACCCACCUUAGUUUUAUUUUAGCUGCAUAAUAGCCACUGUAGCAUUUUUUAUUGCUGCAACGUUCAAAUAGGUCGGCCCUAAUGAGUUUUAUUUUUAACAAGCUGAAUGGCUUCCUCCCUGCCCCUCAGCAGGGCAUCAGAAGUCAAUAGGUUAGAGUCAUUUGUGAGUGUUUUGAAAACAAGCACAUGAGGCUGAAAGGAGGUUGUAUCUCUUUUAAUUAACAUAAUCUUUUUAAAAAAAUGAUUAGGAAGACUGACCAAACUGGCCGUGUUAGUUCACAUUUGUGAGUGUUGUGGUUCCAACUUCACUGAAUUAGCAUUUCAGUCCGGAUGUUUGCCGAAUAGUGUUUUUUUCCUGAAGGAGAGAGGCUGGAGACUGAGAAUCUCUUUGUCAUUACCUGUUGUAUUGCAAUUAAUUAUAUUGUAUUAAUUAAUUGUAUUGCAAUUAAUUAUGCGUUUGGGAUAGCAAGCGCUGGGAAUAGACAACACUAGGAAAUUGGAAUCCUAGCUAUACCUAGAGAGUCGCAAGUCCCCCACCUGUGGCCUAAAGUUUUGAAGAGGAACGAUGGACAGUUUUUCCGCCAAAUAUUAUUCCUGAAGUAGCUACCACUCAUCCUAGAUUGCUGAAGGCUAAGGCCACCUCUGCACCCAGUUCGAAACUCCCAUUGUUCUGGGUGCAUUUUGCAACAGGGUAUUUCAUUAGUGCAAGCAGUUUCUGAGCUCUGGGCGCAGUGCUGCGCCUAAGAUUUCAGAUUAAAACUUCAGAGUGGAAGGAAAAGAGGACCCUUUUCUGCCUCCCCAUUUCUAGCUACUCUCUGCUGACUGGAGAAGAGACCCUCUUAAGAAUAUUAGGGGGGACAGGGGAAGGACUAGACCAUUUGAAAAUGAACAUAAUAUUUUAGCUGCAGUUCAUUCAUUUUUAGCUUUGUUUUUUUUUUGUUAUUUAAAAAAGCGCGCCUAGGCAUUCUGCUGUUGCACCCGUAAGCUAGGUUUAAGGUGCCAUUUAGCUCCUAGCUUUCGUAUCUCAGUUUCUAACACUGUCUGGACCAUUCAGUUAAAGUGCUCUGAUGCAGUCCUGGCUUUCCCCCAAAAGAAUUCUGGGAGAUGUAGUUUUUUAGGAGUGCGGUGACUUGUUAGGAGAGUGCUGUUCCCUUCACAGCACUGCAAUUUCCAGAGUGGUUUAACAAUCGGCCCCUCUUCACAGGGAAUUCAGGGAAUUGUAGCUUGGUGAGGGAAACAGGGUGUUUCCUAACAACCCAGGAUGUGGUGGUGGGACAACGAUAUGUGAUAAAAGGGAGAGGAAUGGGAGGAGGUGUUGGAAGCUGAAGAGGUAACAGGGCUUAGUGAGUUCGGAGGUCUGUGGCAGAGAAAAGUCCAGAAUCAGAGGCAGAAGCUGAAGAGAGAGGAGAGAGGCCAAGAAGCAGAGAUGAGUCAGGCUGGUGAAGAGUCAUGGUGUCUUCCUUCCCUCUGAUCUCCCAGAACCAGAAAAGGCAUGAAAAGGGUGGAGGACAGGUUGGCUUCAAGCAGGCACAGUCUCUGAUUGCUUGCAAAAAAAGCCCUGGAGAGGAGGAAAUUUAGACGGUUUUGGGCGGGGGGGGCGGGACUUUCAGUCUCAGCAACCGCUUCAUGGGGGCAAGACCUACUAGGGAUGAACUGCUGUGCUCAUUAGGCAUGACACUCCACCCAGUCUGUGCAAAUCAUGUUCUUGCUAAUAUAUUCCAAAUUGAUCAGUGUGAUUUGCUGCCAGCUGGCUUCUGACACUGGUUGGUCACUGUUGGAAACCGAAUGCUGGUUUAAAUUGCACCUGUAAAUGGUUUAAAGGGAUGCUUUUAUUGCUGAUCUACCUCUUUCGCACCCCUUCAUAACGCGAGCCUUUCGCUGGGAUUAUGCUCUAUGUUGUUGUUUAGGGUGGAAAAUUUCCCUCAAGCUUUCUCUUCAACCCUUGGCAGUUUUGCAUGCAUAAUUGUUCCAUCCAGUCAUGCUAGAGGCAGCGCCAUUGGCUGUGUUGUAACGUCUAGGUAUUUCCUAAUGUGCAGGGAAGAGCUUUUCUUAUCUUGAUUUAGCUCGAAGCAUUUCCUUAGGAUGAAAACUGGUGGUUAAGAAAAUAACCUAGUCCCACCUGCGAGUUCCCAGAAGUUUCUCACUUUAAUUUCACACCAAUGCUGUAAAAUGCCGUGCGAAGCCAAGUGGGCUGCGAAAACAAUCUAGCAGCAAUAUCGUAAAAUAUAUCCAACCCGGUGUGACAUAUGUUGCAUUUGUCACCAGGGAUAUUUCCUAUAUUCCAGUUCCUGUCUCUGGUUAAAAUAUUAUUUUGUGCCACUUAUAAACCCGUUUUUUCCCCUUUUUGAAUAAAACAGAGAACCUUUUUUUAGAGAGAGAUGCUUUUCCGAAAUCUAGUUAGUAAAGCUUCAACAUUUAUUCAGGCUGCAAUCCUAUACCCAGUUCCCUGAGAGUAGGCAUGUUAAUUGGUGACUGAUAUUUAAUUUUAAUUUUAAUUUUUUUUAAAAAAAGUCAUGACGUGAGUGCUGCUGAUCAUCUCAUUUGUGGUUCAUGUAGUUGGAGGUCAAGCUUGCCUAAGGGGCUGUUGACUUCAUACCCCUGCCUUCAACCUGACAAGUCACCUGUACCCACUGACCAGAGGCAAAUGGGGGGAUGAGAUGGUGGGCUGUGAGGUAAUAAUAGAUGUCACAGUACUGGCCGAUGGGCAAAUCACUAAAUUUCAGACACUGGUGGCUUGAAGAAGUCAAAGCUAAGGUAGGCUUUCAUGAAUCACUUAACUUGUGGAUUUGUAUGUGUUGCUAGAGAGACCCACAUGGUUUCGCUAAUGAAUGGCAGUGCUUUUAUAACGCAGACCGUUCGUAAUGGCAGUUCAGAUGGGAAAUUAAUUUUCUGGAAGGCUGAAAGCCGAACGGCCCAUAAACCUGUCUUUUAAACUCUUUUUUAUUUGUUAGGAAUUAAGCCCCAGAGUGGAGGCCGGCUUCUUUAAGAAUGAUAAUUUGUGCUGAUGUGAUCAUGCUGACUUUCAGCGAGGCUACACUACCAUUGUAAACGGCGAGGGUAUAAUUAUUUCCAUUGAGUGAGGCUUCAGUCUGAAACACGUAUAUUAGGAAGAAAAACCCCACAGAGCUUGGAGGGACUUCCUUUUGAGUCAGUGAGGUUGUGCUUCCAAGUCCCUUGAAGGAUCGUCUAAAACUGACAUGUGAAUAAUUAGGUUCUGCUGUUAAGUGUCAGUGGUGCUCAGUGCCAGAUUUAUGUAUAAGCUAAACAGGCUAUAGCUUAGGGCCACACUCUCUUGGGGGCCCCAAAAAAUUUAAAGGGAAAAAACCAGUGAUGUACAUUUCCGAAAUAUAAGAUAAAAAUAAACAAACCUACAUACAGCAACAAUGUUUUGUGUUGUGUAGGCUCCUAUGAUGCAAGUAAUGGUUUGCUCAUUUCUAUAUAUAGGGUGCCUGCAUUCUGCUGGGACUGGUUGCAUGUCAGCAUGUGCAAAUGGCUUUAGAUAGAUAUUACAGUAAUACCUCCGCGAACGUCCGCCUCGUCUAGCGUCCAUUCCGGCGAAUGUCCACGGCAAACCCGGAAUGGGUUACUUCCGGGUUUGCCGCUUGUGCAUGCGCAGAAACGCUAAAUUUCACUUUGCACAUGUGCAGAAGCACAAACAGCUCCGCGUGCAUGUUCAAACGCGGCACUUUGCCCUGCGUCCUUUUUGGCUAGUGGCUGGGGCUCUGAAACGGAUCCCGGUCGCAAAACAAGGUACGACUGUAGGUCCAUAAAUUACCAUAUAGCAUACGGUAUAUUCAACACACACGAAAACAGCAACAAUUUGUUGCUGACAAGGACAGCUGGACGUAUAAAGGGCCCCUUUACCUUCAGUAUCUUAGGGCCGCAUCAAACCUAAAUCCGGCCCUGGUGGUGCUGGUCCCAAUUUUUGCUCCUUCCAUAGGGAUAUUUACACAUACUGCAACACGUGCUCCCUUUUAUUAAGUAGAUGUCAGUGCCUGGUUGACAUUUAGUAAUGCACACUGGUUUCAUUUGCUCGGCAUAGUUCUUUCUUCAUUGCUUACUCUUGCAGAAGAAUCUGCGGGUGAGCUUAUGGCCAGGUGUGCUGGCUAAACAGCACCAUUUCUGGGUUUUUCCCCCGUAGCUGCUGUUCACCAGGCUUCCUCGGUUUCUGUGACCUCAGCAGCUCUGAAAGGUGCAAGGGACAGUUUCGCAUGUUGGUGGUGGGGGUAGGAAGCUCUCUGUUGGAGCUCAUCUGCAUGCAGCCAGUAAGCCCGAAAUCCACCUAGGAAUCAAUAAGUUCAAAAGGCAAAUAUUUGUUGACUGCAUUUUAAGUUGCUCGGUUCAAUGUGACCUAAACUUCAGGGCGAUCGGGGUAGAUAAGAGAUAUUGCUACUUUAGUAUCUUGAGCAUGGGUAGGCAAACAGGCCUGGAGGCCGGAUCCGGCCCAAUUGCCUUCUAAAUCUGGCCCUGGGAAUCAGUGUGUUUUUACAUGACUAGAAUGUGUCCUUCUAUUUAAAAUGCAUUUCUGGGUUAUUUGUUGGGCCUGCCUGGUGUUUUUACAUGAGUAGAAUGUGUGCUUUUUAAAAAAAUGCACCUCUGGGUUAUUUGUGGGGCAUAGGAAUUCAUUCAUUCCCCUCCCCCCAAAAAAAUAUAAUCCGGCCCCCCACAAGGUCUGAGGGACAGUGGAUCGGUCCCCUGCUGAAAAUUUUUUGCUGACCCCUGAUCUUGAGGAUGAAGAUCAGUGAUGGUGGGCAUUCCUGCCUCCGAUCCAUUGCCUGUGGUGAAAAUGACUGCAAGGUUUGGUUUUACCUAGAAUGUAAGAAAAAGCACCUUCUGGUGUAGUGCAAUAAAAUAAAUAAACACCACUAUAUAUAAUCAGAAACUUCAGUAUCACCGUAUUUGCAGUUAAUAAGAUUGUUCCAGCGAUUAAACUUGCCUCAUCCUUACAAAUCCUGAAUUUUCAUUAAAAAAAAGAAAAACCCACACAGUUAUGCAAAUGCAUGUAUUGCAAAGAAAAGUUUGCACAGCAAAUAUUAAGACAACUUAGGCAACCUCACUUUGUAUCUGACAUUCACCUUAGGUUUAGGGAAGUUUUUUAUGUUUGAUGCUUGAUCGUGUUUUUAAUAUUCAGUUGGGAGCCACCCGGAGUGGCUGGGGAAACCCAGCCAGAUGGGUGGGGUAUAAAUAAAUAAAUUAUUAUUAUUAUUAUUAUUAUUAAGCAACUAGUGACUUAGGUUUAGCAGCAAGAGCUCAUUCACAAAUGUAUAAUGGCUUUAAAAUAAGGCAGGGGGUGUCUACUCAAGGCUUCUGAUGGUUUUUCGAUCAUCCAAUACCAGCAGUACAGUCAUACCUCGGGUUGCGAAUCCAGCGGGUUGCGCAUUUUUGGGUUGCGGACCAUGCCAAACCCGGAAGUACUGGAACAGGUUACUUCCGGGUUUCGGCGCAUGCGCAGAAGCGCUAAAUCACGCUUUGCACAUGUGCAGAAGCACCGAAUUACAUGCAUGCGCAGACGCAGCACUGCAGGUUGCAAACGUGCCUCCCACACGGAUCACGUUCGCAAUCCGAGGUAUGACUGUAUUUCCCUAAAUUUUUCAGUUCCUUUACAGAAACUUCUGAGAAAUCAUUAUUUCCUUCAGAGGUUUAGGGAGUUGUAUUUCAGCGCAUGUAGAAAACCACACUGUCAUCGGUAACCGGGGUAGAUGUUAAGAAAUAGAAACCGUAUGGUUUCCUGGAAGAGUUGAGCAAAACUCUCAGUAGUUUUAGCUUUCUAAGAGAAUCUAUAGAAGGAAUUUUAUUUGGUCAAUUGACCAGUCAAAUAUUGGCCGUUGAGCAGUUAGUUAACUACUUAAUAUUUGAUUGCAGUCAACUCUUCGCAAAUAUUCUACAAAGCCAAGAAUACCAUGGUGUAGCUUUUUUCAGCUUCCUUUAAAAUGGUUGCUGUAUUUUGCAUUAUUUCUGUUCUUUUUUAAUUUCAUUUUUUAAAAACAACAACAACAUGCAAUUAUAGGCCAGGCUUCUGUGCAACAUGCAAUUAUAGGCCAGUGUGCAACCUGGCACAGUGAAGUUUUUCUGUACUUACAACUCUGAUCAGUCCAAACAUGACAUGGCUGUGCAAAAAUGGAUUUAAAGGGAAUUGUAGUCUCUGGAGAGCACGAGGUUGGGAAACGAUAGAUUGACCUGGUGUUCCUGUAUAAAAUAAAAAUGUUCAGUAAUUGGUUAGCAUUUAUAGAAAUCUUCCUAGCACUGUAGAAAGUAAAAAGAAUUCAUUAUAAUAUUUAUUUUUAUUUAAUCAAAACAUAUCAUUCUGUAACACAUAACAUUAACUUAUAACAUAUACGAAAUAAGGAAACGAAGCAGAAAACAGACAAUUGAAUUAAAAUGAAACAUACCCAAAUAAUACAAAUUGGGGUUGUUGCAUUAACAGUCCCUGGGGGGAAGGAUAAUUAUUGCUAUUGGAGGGUAGUAGUAUGCCUUUUAUUUAAAAAUGAAAUGUUUUAUUUGUAAUAUCAGGAUAUUGUCCUCAGAGUUUUAUGAUAUUCUCACUUGAAGCUGAAGAGUUAUUAAGAAUUCAAAAUAGUGCCAUAUUUCCCUUGAGGCAUUUAAACAUUGUUGUCAUAAAAUAAUGUUUUGCCUAGUUGUUGAAAAUGAAUAUUAUAUAUUUUUUUCUACUCUACUAUAUCUUAAUAUUUUAGUUAAUUUGUCAUCAGUAGCCAUGGGCCAGAUUUUACCGUCCUUAUUUAGCUCUUCUAAAUAUGUCUUGCGAUAAACAUUCAGGCAGCGAACAAAAAAUAACAGAAUCAAUACUUUAUCCAAUCCGCCUUCAUUUUGCCCAUCCCAUAAUAAUACUAGUGAAGAGAUAGCCAUCGGUUCUUGUUUUGUUAUUAAACUAAUUUAUACAUCUCCAGAAAGCUUGCCAGUUGGAUGACAUUCCCACAUUAUGAUGUUAUAAAAGCUAAUUUGAUUGUUUCAAUUUACUAUUAAGGUGUUGGCAGAAAUACCAAGGCCCUUGAAGACUUAAGCACUAAUUCUUUUUUGUUGUUGCUGUUCUAAUAAAGUUAAUGCUUUUUUUUAAAAAAAAAAAACCCUGACUCAGUAUUUGAGCCAUAUUUGACUGAUCUGUUAGCCUAAUCUUUAUUGACCAAUCUUGUGAAGAACUGAGGAUCUAUUACCUAAAACACAUAGAUCUAAUCUAAAAGGAAGCGGUAUAGGCUUCAUGGUUUUGCCACGGAUUUUGGAUAGUACAACAAAAUCUAUUCGGAUUUUGGAUUUGUACUUCAUAAUAAUGCAUCAUUCGUCUCAUCAUGGUACUAAGUCCUGCAUCAUAAUUGCAACUGAUUUUAACCUGCCCAUGUUCAUAAGGGGCUUUGGGAUACUGUGGGUUCUGGCCCUGAAAACUUAUUCAGAAAUUUUGAUUUUUAUGGAGUUUGUGGGAGGCUGUAGCGUUCCUUUCAUGGGAUUGUGGUUGUGAGGAGGGCAAAGUCAGGCUUUGAAGGAAAUAAACCACCAUCUGACUUUUAGAAGACAUCUGAAGGCAGCCCUGUUUAGGGAAGGUUUUUAAUGUCAGAUGUUUCGUCGUGUUCUUAAAUAUUCUGUUGGGAGCUGCCCAGGGUGGCUGGGGAAACCCAGCCAGAUGGGCAGGGUAUAAAUAAAUUAUUAUUAUUAUUAUUAUUAUUAUUAUUGAGUGUGAUGUAACAGGAAGUUUGUCCCUAUGGGCAGACUCCCCUAUUUUUGCAAUGGUUCCUCAGAAAAUAAAUGCGACAACAACAAAAGAGUGGCAUUUGAACCCAGACCAUCUCCCAUUUUGAUUUUUCUGAUGUGCCCAAAAGUCUAAGAAGUACGGAUCCAGUCAUUUUGUAUAGGAAUGUGGAAAGGACUGAAAAAGCUCGCGAAAGCUGCAUGCUUAAUGACUUGGGCUCUUUUGCUCCCUUCUCCUGAGGUGAAAAGCCCUCCCAGGUUUCUAGGAACCAGGGUGGAUUUGAUUUAAAUCAAAUUGAUUUAAAUCACAAUUUAAAUCAUUAGUCAGUAAGACUUGAUUUAAAUCUCUCUUUUUUUAAACAAAAAGACCAUUCCUGCUGGUAUUAUCUUAAUAUUUACAACCAGAUGAAGGUUUCAUUUCUGGAAUAAUAACUUUUCAGAGUUAUUUUUUACAUUUGUAUAUCAAAAAUUACUGAUUUGGUUAUCCUAUUAGAAAUACUUAGAUAAUUAUUGUGAGGUUUAACAAGUUAGCUGUUUAUAUUUGGACAACUUUUCCUCUGUGCUUUAUUGGAAGGAGAAAAAUAAUCAUUUCCUUAAUAACAAUUUAAACAAUUUAACUAAAACAAAAACAUUACAGCAUAUGUAUCCAUGUUUGUUAACUGAUGUGGUUUAACCCUUUUAAAAAACCCUAAAAAACUUAGAGUGAGUUUCAGCACACAGGAAAAACUUAAAACAAAUCCUUAUUUCCUGAUGAAUAGCCUUUGGACUAUAAUGUAACUUAAAUAGAAAACUGUCUUUAGAAAGAUUUUUUUCCCUCCAAAAGCAUUUAAUUUUAAAAAUCUAAUUUAAAUUUAAAAAAUUGAUUUAAAUAAAAAAAAUCCAUUUAAAUAAAAAAAAUCCAUUUUUUAAAAAUCAUUGAUUUUUAUCCACCCUGCUAGGAACUGUUUCCUCACUUUUUAGCACGAUUCAUUUCUUCCCUUUAUAGUAUGAAUUCUGUGGCCUGUUCUCAUUCCCACCCACCCCCUCAGGUACUGAACACCUGUGGGUUUUGUAGAAGCAGAGCCAACACUGUUAACUGUCACUAAAAAUAAAUAAAUCAGGCCCCAACCUGAGACUCACUGAUAUUAUUAAUAGGCCUUGCUUCUGUGGUAUCUUCCAGAACAGCCUUCAAUGUGGCACAGAGGGUUGUAGCCAGAAGAGGUAAUGCCAUCCCUCCAAAAGAAUUAGAGCAAGUUUUCCUUGCAGUCGAUCCAUAAUAUUCUUCCUGACUGAUAAAUAAUCAUACCUGAAAGAUCAUAUCAUCCCUUCACUGUACUCUGCACAGUAUGGCUUCCUGUGAAUAACAACUUAACAGGAGGUCUAUUCUACAAAAUGUAGGAACAGGGCCUUUAGUGUGGUAGCACCUACCCUGUUGAGUAUUAUUAUUAUUAUUAUUAAUUGAAUUUAUAUAAUAGACCGGUGCCAUCUCUGUUGUCUUUUCGUCACCUACUGAAAACCUUUCUCUUUCAAUAAGCCUUCUAGGUUGAGAUGUUUCCCAGACUGCAUCUGUAUUGAAAUUGUUUAAAAGAAAUUUAAAAGAAAUUUUUUAAUGGUGAUUUUAAUGUUUUAUCCCUCGCUGGUUGCUGCGCUGGGCUCCUUUGGAAGGAAGGUGGGCAAACAGAAACAGAAAUUUAAUAAGUACCGUAUUUUUUGCUCUAUAAGACUCACUUUUUCCCUCCUAAAAAGUAAGGGGAAAUGUGUGUACGUCUUAUGGAGCGAAUGCAGGCUGCGCAGCUAUCCCAGAAGCCAGAACAGCAAGAGGGAUCGCUGUGUGUUGUUCUGGCUUCUGAGAUUCAGAAUAUAUUUUUUCUUGUUUUCCUCCAAAAACUAGGUGCGUCUUAUGGUCUGGUGCGUCUUAUAGAGCGAAAAAUAUGGUAAUUAAUGAUACAUAAAUAACCUUGGCAUUAAUUUCUCAUAGAGACACUUCAGGUAUCUAUCUUUAAUAAUCCUUUGUCCUUUCUUUAUUGGAGUACUGUCAUUCGUAUAAUAAGAACUAGAGAUUUUUUGACAAUUGCAUGUAGACGUUUAUUAGUUCUGUAUUUACAAAUGUUGCAAGGGUCUUAUGUUACUGUAGUAAGGAUCAAAGUUGUUAAUAAAAAAUUGAGUUAUUCAUUGCUGCCAUAUCUCUGUAAGUAAGGGCUAAUACGUUUGUGUUCAGUCCUAAAGUCCUGUUUAAGAUCCUGAACUGUAGCCAUAAACAAUAAAAGACAUAUUUUAUUCCAUAGGAAAUGAGUAUAUCAUAAUGGGGAGCCUGUGGCCCCCUGGAAAUUAUUGGACUACAUUUCCCAAAAUCCAUGACUUUUGGCCAUUCUGGCUGGGGCUGAUGGGGGUUGUAGUCCAGCAACGUCUGGCCGUUGCCAUGUUGUCCAUCCCUGGUCUAUAUUUUAGCCUGUAUUUAAGCAUGGUGUUUUAACCGUGGUGAUUCUUGUGUGUUUCCACAGGCUACUUGAAUUAAAGUUUGGAGAUCUGGGCACGUAGCUCAUGCUGACAGUAAGCCAUGGCAGCCGACGACAAAGUAGCCAUUUUAACCGACGACGAAGAGGAGCAAAAGAGGAAGUAUGUGCUCGCUGACCCUUUCAACGGGAUUUCGAAGGAGCCAGACCCCCAAACCCAAAGCGAUACACCUUCGACAGAGACCACCACCACCAUUCCGGACGAGGAGCUGGAUUGGCUCGAAAAGCACUGUGUCAAAGUGAACAACGAUCUCCUGAUCUCCAAAGUCUUUUAUUUUUUCUUUUAUGCUGCUUACGGUUCGCUCUACCCGCUGCUUCCUGUGUAUUAUAAGCAGCUGGGCAUGACACCCAGCCAGAGCGGGCUGCUGGUGGGCAUCAGGUACUUCAUUGAGUUCUGCAGCGCUCCGUUCUGGGGCGUGGUGGCGGACCGCUUCAAAAAAGGGAAAGUCGUCCUCCUCUUCUCCCUCCUAUGUUGGGUGCUGUUCAAUUUGGGAAUUGGGUUCGUCAAGCCGGCUACCUUGAGGUGCGUACCAAAGUUCCCGCUGCCAGUCUCUCCCACCAACGCCAGCCACCUCUCAACGGCAACCACGCAAAACGUCUCCCUUCCUUCGGCGAUUCCUACCGGCCGGGCUGCGUCGCCAGAGGGCCGGAGGAAAAGAGACGUUUCUCCUUAUAGCUUGGCAACGGUGAGCUCAACUCCUCCUGAAACCACAUUCCCUCUGACCACGCGGAACGUGUUGAGGGCCAAAGAGAGCGUGGUUCCUCCCAGUACUCCGAAAGGCAUCGUUACUGCCGGGUCGUUGGGGAAUUUGACCCGUCCGACGAUGCCUCCCGCUGCCACCACCGGGGCUGCCACUCUCGUCUACGACCACCAGGAAGUGGAGGCCAUCUUCCUGCUCAUCCUGAUGGUUGUUAUCAUAGGGGAGUUUUUCAGCGCGUCGUCGGUCACGAUUGUGGACACGGUGACCCUGCAGUACCUUGGCAAGCACCGAGAUCGCUAUGGGCUCCAGCGCAUGUGGGGCUCUCUGGGCUGGGGCCUGGCCAUGCUCUCAGUAGGGAUCGGCAUCGACGCCACCCGCAUCGAUGUGCUCAUCGAAGGGCAAGGCUGCAAAGCCCCGGAGUACAAGAACUACAGGAUUGUUUUCAUCGUCUUUGGCGUGCUGAUGACGCUCUCCUUGAUCGUGGCCACCCAGUUCCGGUUCCACUACAACCACUACAAACAAGAGGAGAACCAAAGCAAAGAAGGGGACGUCUCCCAGGCGGACAGGAACUCCUCCCACGACUCCUCCAACGAGACCCCGAGUGACACGAGCCAGUCGCCCUCCUUUAGUUUCUGGGACUUGAUAAAGCUGCUCUGCAGUAUCCAAUAUGGCUCCGUGCUCUUUGUAGCUUGGUUCAUGGGCUUUGGGUACGGAUUUGUCUUCACCUUCCUUUACUGGCACUUGGAGGACCUGAACGGCACCACCACUCUCUUCGGGGUCUGCUCCGUCCUGAGUCACGUGUCCGAACUGACUGCUUAUUUCUUCAGCCACAAGUUGAUCGAGCUAAUUGGACACAUCAGGUAAGCAAACGGUACGGUGGUGGUUGACUAGCCGUAGUCAGUGUUGCGCCAAGCAUAGAUAUACAUGUUAGUUUCUGUUCUUAUCACUGAGCAGCUGCUGGGAGUCACAGGACUCUGUUUACAUUCCAGAGACCUUCAAGUCUCACGGGAAGGGAGACGGGAUGUGACAUUAGUGGUUUCCUGUUUUCUUUGUUCCUUUGUUCUGUUGCUCUCUGCUCUCACAGGGAGAGGAUGUAUAUUUCUUUGCUCUCUGCGUAGCUAGAAAAUAAAGCAUAGCAAUGUAGCUCAUACUAUCUCAUCCUUCCGUGCUGCUUUGAAGCUCUGCUGGGACAACGUGCCUGAGGCCUUAUCAAAGGAUCAGGUCGUCAAUUAAUCGUCGGGAGGCGAUUCCAAAGAUGAGCCUUAUCAGCUUGGUCGAAUGGAGUUCCGACAAUACAGUCGUACCUUGGAAGUCGAAUGGAAUCCGUUUGACUUCCAAAACGUUUGGAAACCAAAGUCCGGCUUCCGAUUGGCUGCAGGAAGCUCCUGCAGCCAAUCGGAAGCCCCAUUGGACAUUUGGGUUCCAAAGAACGUUCGCAAACCGGAACCCUCGCUUCUGGGUUUGUGGCGUUCGGCAUCCAAAAUGUUCGACUCGCAAGGCAUUUGGGAUCCAAGGUACGAAUGUAAUAGUGCGAGGAAACCUUGGCCCUCCAUAUGUUGCUGGAUUAGAGCUCCCGUCAGUCCUGAUUCCUGGCCAUGCUGCCUGGGGCUACUGGGAGUUGAAUCAUUUGGAGAGCCAAAGAUUUGCCGCCACAUCUGAAGGUGCAAAAGAAUUGUGAUGGCAAAACGGUGCAGUCCUAAGCAUAUCUACAAAGAACCAAGUUAUAUUAAAGUGAGUGGGAUUUACUCCCGAGUAAGUGGGUUUAAGAUUGCAGCCCAGGGGAGUGAAGCUGCAUAUACGUUUAAAGCACCUCUGUCCCUUCCUCCUCUAGGAAGAAUAAUGGGAACUAUAGUUUAAGUGUGUUGGGAAUUGCAGCUCUUUUGGGGGAAACUACAGUUCCAAAAAUUAUUGGUGGGUGUGCACGCGCUUUAAAAUGUACCGUGUGUACAUAGCUUAAGGUGUGAAUCGGGAUAGUCCCUCGUUCAAAUUUCACAUGUGGCAAAACCGCACUAGGUGGUCUUAAGCAAGCCACUCUUUCUAAGCCUCAUUCUUCUGAUGUGCAAUUUGUAGCAUAAUAAUUACUUGGCUUAAAGAGCUCUUGUAAGGGUUAUACUUGAAAAUACAUUCUUUGAAUGGUUAAAAGAACUAUGUAAAUGUUCAAUAUUAUUAUAUCUGAUCUAUUAGAUACGUCAGUAUUUGAGGAGCUAUUUUCUGGAUUUUCCCAGUAUUUGCUAGACUGAUUGAUUGAUUGAUUUUUUAAAUUUUUUUUUAACCUGUUGAUGGUUUCAUUUCUCCCACAUAACAUGGUACCAGCCAAUGUUAGGAUUACAGAUUAAUAAAUUGCUCUGCAUAACAACUGUCAGCCUGAAGCCAGUUCAUGAAACUGCACGAGAAAGGCUUGUUUUUUGGUGACAGCCGUUAUCUGGCAUAAAACCAGACACUGGAGAUGUUUUGAACAGGGUAGGGUAAAUGAUUAGGACUUUCAAAUGCAUUAACAUGUAGUAACCACACAAGAAAUACAUGCAUGCAAACCGGCUGUUAAGGAAGGCCGUGAGUGGACCAGCUGGAACUGCCUGAGUCAUAUUUGGUGUGAUUUCAGUGGGCCCCACCCUGAGUGUAAUUCACUUGGAUAUAGCCACCUGUACCUUAACAGUGCAAGCCUGUAUGUGAGUACUCAGAAGUGAGCCCUUUUGCAAUCUCCCCAUUGAGUUUAACAAAGCCUAUUUAAAGGAAAGUGGGUAUAGGAUUAUAGCCUCAGGCUUAGAUUUUACUGGCGCAAAUGCGUUGUUCUCCAUAGCAUGGAUAAUAACCGUCGGUGGGGUCAAAUAGAGUUCCCAGUGCCUAACCUUGAAAGAUGAUCUUUCAAAAGCUGCCACAGGGGAAAUAUUUGGCAGCUGGGACUUUGCCCCGGACAGCACUGUAAUGCAGGGUGACAUCACAUAGACUCCAUAUCUCUCUGCCAUGCUGCCAUAAAUGAAAUAAGAGUACCUUUCAAGGGAAAGUCCUGGCAAAACUAAUGACCGAACUGUCAUUUUUUUGCAAGUUUUGCUUGAAAAAACACAAGUAUGCCUUUAAAGCAAUGGCACCGUUAAGAAAACCCAGUUUGGGGAGGUUGCUUUAAAAGAACUUUGGUUUCUGAUGUAGUAGAAAUGUUUGGUCCACAAAAUUCAUCUGCUCCUUUUCAAAUUUCCAACAUAACACUCCUUUCCCCCCACAUCCCAGGAAAGAUAUUUAUGACCUUUCAUCUUUGAAUUAUUUUAUGCAUGCCAUUUUGUUCUGCCAAAUAAAUGAGGAAGGUUUUCUGCCUUAGGUAACAAAGUAUUCUGGGGCACAGAGGUAGGUCACUUGCUGCUUAUUUAUCUUAUUUUUUUGGUAGCAACAUAAUAUACAAUAAUCUUCCAGUCUGGGUAACUCUAGCAGUGAGAAAGUGCAUGAUUGUCGAAUCGGAGGUACCAUACUAUGAGAAGUUUGCCCCGCUGCAAGAAUUAAAUUUUUUCUUCAUUUAAAUACAGUUUCACUUUAGAGUUGUUAUAGAGAUACGUGUACUGUGUAUUAUUUAUUUAUAUUUUUCAUUUAUUGAGUUUAUAUAGCGCCCUGUACCCAAAGGUCUCAGGGCGGUUCACAGAAAAGAUCACAACAUAUAUAAUCAGAAUAAAAACAACAACCCAAUAACACCCCGGCCCCCCGAAAAGAGCCACAUUUUAAAAGGGUAUAGGAUGUCAAAAAUAGAGCCACCAAAGGCCUGGUUAAAAAGGGACGCUUUUUCCUGGUGCCUGGAGGUGUAUAAUGAAGGCGCCAGGAGAACUUCCUUGGGGAGAGCAUACCAUAGACAGGGAGCCAAUUCAAAGUGCUGGUUUUAACCUAUAAAGCCUUAAACAGCUCAGGACUGCACAACCUCAAGGACCGGGGAGAGCCUGCAGAGAAGGCCUGUUCUCGUGUUGCCAUGCUCUGAAUCUCUGAAGGAGGCGGCACACGAAGGAGGGUCUGGGUAGGUUCAUAUGGGAAGAGGCGGUCCUUGAGGUUGUGCAGUCCUGAGCUGUUUAAGGCUUUAUAGGUUAAAACCAGCACUUUGAAUCGGGCCCGGAAACUAAUUGGUAGCCAGUGUAGUCAGACCAAGAUCAAUCUAAUAUGCUCAAACCGUCUUGCUCCUGUGAGCAACCUUUUCAAAGUUUGCUGUUCAUAGCAGUCUUCGGCUACGCUGUUGGCAGCUAACCAAGCAAAUAGCAAGAUUGCACCAAUCCACGCCAUAGUUGAAAUGGAUUUCUGUAGCUCAGCGGUAGAGUUAUGUGCUUGCAUGGAAAACAAUCCCAGGUUCAAUCCCCCCAAAUAGGGCUGCGAAUAUCCCCUUUUCUGAAACCCUUCAGAGUCGCUGUCACUAGAUGUACCAAUGGCCUUGACUUGAUGAAAAACAUCUUAUGUUAGAAUCAUAGAGUUGGAAGAGACCACAAGGGCCAUCGAGUCCAACCCCCUGCCAAGCAGGAAACACCAUCAGAGCACUCCUGACAUAUGGUUGUCAAGCCUCUGCUUAAAGACCUCCAAAGAAGGAGACUCCACCACACUCCUUGGCAGCAAAUUCCACUGUCGAACAGCUCUUACUGUCAGGAAGUUCUUCCUAAUGUUUAGGUGGAAUCUUCUUUCUUGUAGUUUGGAUCCAUUGCUCCGUGUCCGCUUCUCUGGAGCAGCAGAAAACAACCUUUCUCCCUCCUCUAUGUGACAUCCUUUUAUAUAUUUGAACAUGGCUAUCAUAUCACCCCUUAACCUCCUCUUCUCCAGGCUAAACAUGCCCAGCUCCCUUAGCCGUUCCUCAUAAGGCAUCGUUUCCAGGCCUUUGACCAUGUUGGUUGCCCUCCUCUGGACACGUUCAUGUUCCUACGUGGCAAGCUGCAUUCUUUUUUCACUUAAGACUAUCACAUAUAUCUGCAUUGGGCUUCCUGUUUCUGCUUUACCCGCUAAUGAUCUGAAAAGGGAAAUGAAUGAGGUAACUGAUCUUGGUUAUGGUUUGAUGACACACAUGUCUAGGCCUUGCUAGUGCCUGGAUAGCAGACCACCUGGGAACCAUAGAAUCUUAGAAUUGUAGAGCUGGAAGGGAUUUUGACCCUUGACCCAACCCCCUGCAAAGCAGAAAUAUUUUGCCCAACAUUGGCUUUGAACCCAUGAGAUUAAGGUUGUCUCAUGCCCUGAGCCAAUUAUUAUUAUUAUUAUUAUUAAUAAUAAUAAUAAUAAUAUUUUAUUAUUUAUACCCUGCCCAUCUGGGCUGCUCCCAGCAGAAUUUUAAUAAUAAUGAUAAAAAAGUGAUAAAACAUCUAGCAUGAAAAACUUCCCUAAAAAGGGAUGGCUUCAGAUGGCUUCUAAAAGUCAGAUAGUUGUUUAUUUCCUUGACAUCUGAUGGGAGGGCGUUCCACAAUGCGGGCGCCACUACCGAGAAGUCCCUCUGCCUGGUUGUCUGUAACCUCACUUCUUUCACUGAGGGAACCGCCAGAAGACCCUCGGAGCUGGACCUCAGUGUCCAGGCUGAACGCUGGGGGUGGAGAUGCUCCUUCAGGUAUACUGGGCCAAGGCCGUUUAGGCUUUAGAGGUCAGCACCAACACUUUAAAUUGUGCUCGGAGCCAAUGUAGGUCUUUCAGGACCGGUGUUAUAUGGUCUUGGCGGCCACACAGUCGCCAGUCUAGCUGCCGCAUUCUGGAUUAGUUGUAGUUUUCGGGUCACCUUCAAAGGUAGCCCCACGUAGAGCGCAUGGGCAGAAAGCUGCUAAGGUUUCAAAGCAUAUUGAAGUUGCAAAAAAGCGACUGCCCUCUUUUCAUUCAGUUCCACAUGUUCCACCAUGGAAGGUGGGAAACGUAUGCUAGAAAACAAAUACAUAUUGGAAUGUUCUCAUGAUAACAAUAUUUCAAAAUCUUUAGCUCUAAUGCAGGUCUGGAGACAUUUCAGAAAAUGGCUCAGCAUUGGGACAAUGGUUAUUGGAGUGCGAAGCUAAGCGCAACAUGUGGAAAAACAAAACCACAUUUAUUUAUUGCUGUCACGAAAAAAUCAUUUUUUUGGAAAUGGGAUAGAUGCGGCAUAUGUCAUUAUGCCCUCUUAGAAAUCAUGUCACACUUGGUGUUUGCAUACACUUUAGCUAUCCUAAUACAAAAGAAAUGUAGAAGAACCAGAAAAGGUGGAACGGAAAAGUAACAGAAAUACGAGUUGUGCAGGUAUAAUAAUGCCCUUGACACACAAAGACCGCUCAAUAUAUUUUGCCUGAAAUCAAAAAAAUAAAAUAAAGAUGCACACUUGUGUAAGACUUGACAGUAUUGGUGGGGGUAGUGUUAUUUAUGACAUAGGAGAGGACCACUCGCCAAGAAGGUAGCCAUGUGAUACGGCUAAUGAAUGGGGUCUGCAGGAAACAAUGUGAAUCUAUAGUUCAGCAGAUUCUCAAAGAGGCAAGGGACAACAAUGAAUAGCCACUUCUUUGGGAAUACAGUGGUACCUCGGGUUAAGUACUUAAUUCGUUCCGGAGGUUCGUACUUAACCUGAAACUGUUCUUAACCUGAAGCACCACUUUAGCUUAAUGAGACCCUCCUGCUGCCGCCACGCUGCCGGAGCACGAUUUCUGUUCUCAUCCUGAAGCAAAGUUCUUAACCUGAAGCAUUAUUUCUGGGUUAGCGGAGUCUAUAACCUGAAGCCUAUGUAACCUGAAGUGUAUGUAACCCGAGGUACCACUGUACAGAGGGAAUACAGAGGGCUUUUUUUUCCAGCUGGAACUCAGUUCUGGCACCUCUCAGGUGGGCACCAUUGCCAUUACAGUGGUACCUCAGGUUACAUACGCUUCAGGUUACACACUCCGCUAACCCAGAAAUAGUGCUUCAGGUUAAGAACUUUGCUUCAGGAUAAGAACAGAAAUUGUGCUCCGGCGGCGCGGCAGCAGCAGGAGGCCCCAUUAGCUAAAGUGAUGCUUCAGGUUAAGAACAGUUUCAUGUUAAGACCGGACCUCUGGAACGAAUUAAGUACUUAACCUUGGUUCUUGAACUUAAUCCGUUCCGGGAGUCUGUUUGACUCCCGAAACCGUUCGAAAACCAAGGCGCGGCUUCCAGUUGGCUGCAGGAGCUUCCUGCACUUAAGCAGAAGCCACGUCGGACGUUCGGCUUCCGAAAACCAUUUGCAAACCGGAACACUUGCUUCUGGGUUUGCGGCGUUCAGGAGCCGAUUUGUUCGACAACUAAGCCAUUUGGGAACCAAGGUACCGCUGUAUAAGAGAACAAGGGAGGCGUGAGUUCCGGCACUCCUUUUUCUAGAAAAAUAGCACUGCAUAGAGUAAUAUUUGACCGAUUGCUUUUUUCUCUUUUGUGUGUAUAAAUUAUUUCUUCGGAUGGACUUCCUUUGGAAUUCUGCAGAUAGAAAAGAGCUGAGUAAACAAGGGCAUUAUGGGAUGCACAUAAAUCAGAAAUGACCGGGGGGGGGGGGAGUGAAUAAUUCAUCCUCCGUUUCUCACAAUAGUUGAACUGCAUAUCACCAGAGAAAAUUUUGUUCUUUUAAAAAAGAAUUGAAAGCUCUCCUGCACACAGUGGGUCAAUGUAUACAAAAAGGAGGCAGUCUUGGCAAGCAUACAUCUAAAAGUGACUUGACACAUUAUUAUUAUUAUUAUUAUAUUAUUAUUAUUAUUAUUAUUUAUAUACCACCCUAUACCCGAAGGUCUCAGCGCGGUUAUUCAUAGGCAUUAUGAUUAUCAGUGGCUGCUGUCUGAGUAUUCUAGAAUAUUCCAGUAUUAACUUCAGAAGUCUUUUUUUUUUUUAAUGAAGAGACGUUUGCUACAAAUGAAAUGUUUGAAAAUAAUUAAUUUCAGUUGAUGAAACUGAUUAUGUAUUGUAUCCACCUUGUUUAGCCAGGAAUUUUGCUAAGUGUUUUAUUGUCUUCUUCGGAGAGCUUUGUUAGCAAUGACUACAAGCAAAUAAAGAGUCUAUUCUUGGGUAACUAGUUGGAUAUGCUUCCUAGUCUGUUGUUUAUACUAGACACUUGAGAUGCUAUAAACUUAGAGACUACCAGAGCUGGAUCAAUCUCAGUUUGAGAAAUGUGUAAAUAGCAUGUGAAUGCCAUAAACUGUGUCUCUAAAGACUGGAAACAGUUUUAAAAUAUUUCAUUCUGCCACCUCCCAAAUACAUUUUAUGAAACGUUUUUAAACAAAACAUUUUUUAAAAACCCUGCAUAACUGGUUAUGCUUAAUUGUACUUUUUCACUGGCUGAUUUGUGUCCUCAUACAGUCAUACCUUGGGUUACGAACACUGUGGGCUGUGAGUUUUCGGGUUGCGGACCGCGCUAAACCCAGAAGUACCAAAACGGGUUAUUUCCGGGUUUUGGCGCAUGUGCAAAAGCGCCGAAUUGCAUCACGCUCAUGUGCAGACACGGUGCUUCAGGCUGCGAACGCUGCGGGUUGCGAACUUGCCUCCCACACGGAUCACGUUCGCGACCCGAGGUAUGACUGUAUAAUACAAUUCCUCCAUGCCAACCAGCUGUCAGUGCGUAAUGGCUAAAAGUUGUGGGUUUUUUAAAAUUUUUAUUAAAGAUUUUCACAUUUGCAGCUGUUUUUCUUCUGUCUCAGGUGAUCCAGGUAUUCGCAAAUCCCCUUUCAGUGACAAUACUUGCCUUCUAACUUCUUAUUUAUUGUAUAUUUUACACUCACAGACCACCUUUCCUCAAGAGGAGGUCAAGGUGGUAGUGUACAUGCCUCUCCCCAAUCCUCAUUUUAUCUUCACAACAACCUACCUGUGAGGUAGGUUAGGCUGGCAGACAGUGACUGGCCAAGGAUCACGAAGUGAGCUUCAUGGCGGAGUGAGAAUUUGAACCCUGGUCUCCCAGGUCCCAGUCUUUCCCCUUGAACAUUAUACCACACUGGGCUCUCGAUACUUUUUGAAAGUUAUAUUCUUCAUGUUAGUUUGCGGGAGGAACCUUUCAGGGUGCAAGGAGCUCUUUAGAAACAAAAGGUGGCAAGUCUAGGAAAGGUACCUUCCCCUCCUGAAACAAUUCCUGACCAUUUCAUUCAUGCUUCAUCUUACUUUAUUUCAGUCCUUUGCAGACUGUACACUCCCCCCCACCCCCAGUAUAGAACUACACAUCUCCGCUUGCAUAAUGGUUAAGUUGAUCCCUCUGCAGAGACCUGGUUUCCCUUCCUCCAGUUUGGUACAUGAAACACAGCAGCCUCUUUUUUAUAAGAGUCUUCGAGGUGGGGGCAGGAGACGGUACUAACGUUGAAGCUUGCCUGCCCCCUAUUUAAAAAAAAAUCACUUGAGAGAGCCGUCAUUCCUAACUUGAAAAUGGCCGGGUCCAUAUUAAUGCAAGGAAGCACAAUGAACCAAUAUCUCAGAAAAUGAGCUAUCUGGGAAGAACUGUUAUAGAGCAGUAGCUGGGUCUAAACCACUGAGCCUAGGGCUUGCCGAUCGGAAGGUCGGCGGUUUGAAUCUCUGCGACGGGGUGAGCUCCUGAUGCUCUGUCCAAGCUCCUGCCAACCUAGCAGUUCGAAAGCACGCCAGUGCAAGUAGAUAAAUAGGUACCGCUGCGGCAGGAAGGUAAAUGGCGUUUCCGUGUGCUGCUCUGGUUUCACCAGAAGCGGCUUAGUCAUGCUGGCCACAUGACCUGGAAAAACUGUCUGUGGAGAAACGUUGGCUCCCUCGGCCAAUAAAGCAAGAUGAGCGCCGCAACCCCAGAGUCGUUCGUGACUGGACUUGACUGUCAGGGGUCCUUUACCUUUUUUACAUUCAUUUAUUUAAACUUCUACCUUGUAUAAAACUGCCAGAAAAUUGCUCUAAGCCAGCCUAGUAACUGUUUAUUUGUUACUAUGUGCAAGAGAUGGCAAACAUUAAACUAGCCCGUGUCGUUUCCUUUCUUUCCUACCUUUAGAGUCCUGUAUAUCGGCCUUGCUUGUAACACAGCUCGUUAUAUUUACAUCUCCUACCUGGAAAAUGCUUGGACGGUUUUGCCUAUGGAAGUUCUUCAAGGUAAGGAGGAGGUGUACUUCUGAUCCUGGGUUGCAUCAUUACCAGGUACAUAAAUUCUUCAUCUGGGCCAUGAUGAACUAAAAGUCUGUCUAUGUUCUUGUACCUAUCAGUAAAUAACCCAAGGGAUCUUUUUUUUUAAAGCUCUGUGCAAGUUUAAUAUCUGGAGGUGGUUUCUUCAGUUGACCUCAAAUUCUGUGGCUUUUCACCUAAGCAAACAGUGAAACGGCAGAACACACCUUGAUCCCCAAAUAAAGGGGAACAGGAGCUCUAACGGAAGCUUGUGCCCUCUGCAAAUAAGCCUUAGCCUAUUCCUGUCUAGAAGGCAUUCAUAUCCCUGAAAUUUGCUGAUUUUCUCACAUUGUGCAACAGAAAGGAGGCCAUUAUUUUUUAGCAUUGGAUCUUAAAACAAAAACACCCAGGUAAAUGUUUAGGAAUAACCGGUUCUCUUCAGUGUUCCCCAGUUAUCAGUGAUGUUUUAUGUAUCAUGAUGAAGGUCAAUGAAGUCUGGAAAGAAAUGACUGGAGUGGAAAAUAAUUGGACAGAUUGUAUGCAAAGGGAAGCAAAAAGACUUGUGCUUUCAAGAUAUUUUGCCAGCGCUUCCUCAUCCUGGAAUGCCCUUCAGAUGUUGUCAAAAUCCAAACUCCCACCAGCCCCAGAGAGCAUGGUCAGUGAUGAUGUGGAGUCCUAGCCUAAAAACAUCUAGAGGACACCAGGUUAGGGAAGACUUGUCUAAUGGUGCUUUUCACACGCGAGUUGCUGUUUGACGUUUUAUAAACAUAACCUUGUUAGAUUUGCACUCACGUGCUGCGAAUCCCAAAACACAUUGCGAUUCCCAAAAAUUGCACUCACACGUUCAAUCCCAAAACUCAGUGCUCAGAAUAGUCAGUGCUCAUUCGUACAAAUUCCUUUAAUCUGUCUGUUCGUUUGAAUUGCAACUGUGUCAUCAUGAACACUGAAACCAACCUAGACAACAAAUACAGUGGUACCUUGGUUCUCAAGCGCCUUGGUACUCAAACAGCUUGGAACCCAAACACUGCAAACCUGGAAGUGUUCUGGUUUGCAACCUUUUUUUGGAAGCCAAAUGUGCCUCGUUUUGAGUGUUACACUUCCGAUUUGAGUGCCACACUUCAGUUUUGAGUGUCAAGCUGAGGUCUGUCUGUUUUUGCUAUUUAUUUUGCGUUUUUGUUUUUGCGGCUCUUUUUUGUUUGUUUUUGUGACUGUGUGGAACCCAGUUCAACUACUGACUGAUUGAUUGAUUGAUUGAUUGUGUGACUGUAGUACAUUGUUUAUUGCUUUCAUUUUAUGGAUCAAUGGUCUCGUUAGAUAGCAAAAAUCAUGUUAAAUUGCUGUUUUAGGGGUUGUUUUUAAACGUCUGGAACGGAUUAAUCCGUUUUGCAUUACUUUCUAUGGGAAAGCGUGCCUUGGUUUUGGAACGCUUUGGUUUUGGAUCGGACUUCCGGAACGGAUUAAGUUUCAGAACCGAGGUACCACUGUAGUUAUGGCAGCAAGGGUCAGAACGGAAGAGUGUUUGACUCAAGAAGAAAAAUAUGGGGUAGGUUGCAGGAACUUGGCCUUUUUGGCUACAGGAACCCUUUAUUUGACUCCUGCUGCAGCUCCCCCCCCCCCCCCGCCGCCCUGCCACUUUUGGUUCUGAGUUUCUAGACGGUACUGUACUUUCCAGGUCUCCUCUCCAACCAUGAGAUCUUGGCUUGCGCUUAGACCAGUGAUGGCCAAACUUGGCCCUCCAGCUGUUUUGGGACUACAAUUCCCAUUAUCCCUGACCACUGGCCCUGUUAGCUAGGGAUGAUGGGAGUUGUAGUCUCAAAACAGCUGGAGGGCCAAGUUUGGCCAUCACUGACUUAGACAAACAAAACGCUGAGAUGUCUCUCUUUGCGCAAGCGCUGCCAAUUUCAUGCGCAUUGAAUAUGCCCGGCUGCGCAUGUUAACGACCCUGCAAACUGGAUGACAGCUUUUAAUUGGCUCAGGAAGAAUUCAGCGCAUGGGAGUUGCUGGAGGUGGGUGGGUGGAACCUACACUUGCCUCCACACCCAGAUUAAAUCGAAUCAGGUGCGGAGAAAGUUAUUUUGAUGACUGUUUUCAUCUUGUGUAGGCAGAAAACACUCAGGGAAGAGACGGAAGGCAGAAGCCAGGGGAAAGGAAGUAGGCAUGGGGAUUGCUAGUGCAGUUUAUGAGAUUUUCCAGCCCUUCAAUCUGCAAUCUGAAUGGUGGUGCAGUCAUGGGCUGCAACUGAAUCCCAGCCAGGUGGACACCCAAUUGAGGUGCGGUUCCCAGGUCUGAGAACUGAAUUGUGUACCUAUACCGGACAGACUUGCGCUCCCUCUCAAGGAGCAGGUGCAAUUUUUUUUGGAAGGGGUGUUCUCCUAGAUCAGCGUUUCCCAAACUUGGAUCUCCAGCUGUUUUCGGACUACAGUUCCCAUCAUCCCUGACCACUGGUCCUGCUGACUAGGGGUGAUGGGAGUUGUAGUCCAAAAAAAAACACAAAAAAAAACACCAACACAGCUGGAGACCCAAGUUUGGGGGAAACUGCCCAAAUCAAUGUCACUGUUUUCUUUAUUUCAAUAUUUAUUAUCUACUGUGCAUUCGGAGAAUGCUGGAGUGUACAAAACCAGAAUAGAAGUGGAUCUCAGUGGCUCAGGGUCCCCAUUUUCCAACUUCCGUCUGUGUGGCAGCUAACCUAGCCAUGGUGGUGCAUGCAUUGGUCACCUCCCUAGUAACGAGCUACAUGUAGGACUACCUCUGCGCCUGAUUUGGAUGCUGCAGCUAUUGUAAAACGAAGCUGCCAGUGCCUAACUUUAUGCACACGGCUGACAGAUCUAGACUGGUGUGCCAAGCCAAGUUCGAGGUACGGCUGCCGACAUUUAAAGACCUAAACAGUUUGGGACCAAGAAACCUGCUGGGCCCGUCACCCUUGUACAGAGCAAGCUGAUCAUUAGGAUCAUCUGAGGAGACCCACUGAAGCAGGUGCCAGGCAUUGUCUUCCGCUCCUUCUCUCCCGUCUCCUGGCAUCUUUUUGACAUGGUACUUGGUGUUAGAUGGCCCAGUUGGCGGUGGGAGGAGGGAGGGGAAGAGGACCUUCUUGCAGGGGCAGGUGCUUCGGGUUGUCUUAUUCCCCCACUCCUUUUCCCCUGGAAUCCCAGCUUAUUUUCCUCCCUCUUCCCCUGGAAUCCCAGCUUAUUUUCCUCCCUCUCCCCCUGGAAUCCCAGUUUAUUUUCCUCCCUCUUCCCCUGGAAUCCCAGCUUAUUUUCCUCCCUCUUCCCCUGGAAUCCCAGCUUAUUUUCCUCCCUCUUCCCCUGGAAUCCCAGCUUAUUUUCCUCCCUCUUCCCCUGGAAUCUCAGCUUAUUUUCCUCCCUUUUUGCCUGGAAUCCCAGCUUAUUUUCCUCCCUCUUCCCCUGGAAUCCCAGCUUAUUUUCCUCCCUCUUCCCCUGGAAUCCCAGCUUAUUUUCCUCCCUCUUCCCCUUGAAUUUCAGCUUAUUUUCCUCCCUCUCCCCCUGGAAUCCCAGUUUAUUUUCCUCCCUCUUCCCCUGGAAUCCCACUCCCAGGGCAGUUGGUGUACAUUGAAUGCCUUACUUCUGUUUGGGAGGAGUAGCAGGUUUGUUGAUUGAGAGCACUAAAUCAGCUUUAAUUGUACAACCUGAUUUGCCAGGAUAUGAUAGAACCUCACCUGAAAAUGGCCCUUAAUAUGCCCCCUGAUUUUUCAAUGCAGGCGUCUGUCGCCCCCCCCCCCAACAUGGGGGUUAUGUUCCGGGGGCCCACACACAUAAGUAUAUUUUCCCUUGUAACGUGUCCUUCCUUCUUAAAUCCCUUGUGGCAGAAGCUGCCUUUGUCUGACACACACGCUGAGAGCCUUCAGCUAAGGAGGUUGGCCUUGUAAAUAGAAAUAAUUAUUUUCUCCUGAACUUGAUACGAACAUUUCCCUUGGAUACGAGGCUACUUCUUUUCAAGUGGGAGCGAUAAAAGUAUCCAGGAGAUUGCAUAUGGCUCCAGAUCCGUUUUUACAACUCCUAAGCAGUUCUCCUUUGAGUUGCUGCCCUUUAUUUAUGCCCACAGAGCGUGCUGUUUGGGCUCCUUAUGAAAUCAGUGGGAGUUUUCCUCGUCCAUGGAAUGAGAUCAGUUGCCGUCUGAGAGUCAGCCGCUUCCCUUCAUUGCUGCCUUCCUUUCAUUUCUAGGUACAUUCUGUUCAGGCAGAAGCGAUCAGAUAAUGAAAUGUAAUUUAAUACGCGCAAGAUCCAAACGAUGCCAUCUCUAUGAUUUCCAGAUGCCCUUGAGAAGCAGCUAUGAGGACUGGAGCAUUUUAUGCAAGGCCUUUUCAAAUGAUCUCAGGGGAGGGAGGAGUCUUGCCGCUCAGUGGCAUUGAGGUCCAGUCCCUGCUAUCGGCGCUUUUCAAGGAUUUGGGGGGAAACAUUUGCUGGGGACCCACAAUAAAUGUUGCCGGUCAAAGCAGACCGCAAUAGGCUAGGCUGGGGGGAACGGACGUAGUUUUCUGUGUAUUAGACAAGGGGUUUUUUUACUCCAAAAUAAUGUUUAAAAACAGGGCUAGUCUUAUACAUGGGCAGUGCAUUUAGGGACCGGGUGAUUGGUUGCAGCUGUGAGCUGCAGCUUGUAAGCAGCGAUUUGGUGAGUGAUUGGUUGCUGCGUCAAGGGCUGCGUUGGAUUGGCUGCUCCUGCAUUAAUUGGGCAGGUGAUUGGUUGCUGCGUUGGAUUGGCUGCUCCUGCGUUAAUUGGGCGGGUGAUUGGUCGCUGCGUCAAGGGCUGCUUUGGAUUGGCUGCUCCUGCGUUAAUUGGGCAGGUGAUUGGUUGCUGCGUCAAGGGCUGCCUUGGAUUGGCUGCCACUGCGGCAAUUGGGUGUUUGGUUUCCAGCUUGUGUUUGCGAAUGGGCAGACACUUGUCGGCUUCUGCAAUGCUAGCAAUUCUGAGCUCCUGUCUUUAGGGUUAGUGAUUUUCUGCAUCUCCCCCCCCCCCACAAAAAGCUCAAGAACCUUGGGCAACCCCCCCCCCAAAAAAGCCCAACAACUCUGCACAAUCUUUCCCAAAAACAACCCUCCCCAAACAACUCUGGCAAUAUAGCCAUCUCCCCCAUUUUAUUAAAUUUCAGUCCCCCAAAAUAGGGAGCAUCUUAUACAUGGGGUCGUCUUAUAGACGGAAAAGUACAGUAGCUUCCUGUCUAGCCUUUGGCUUGCUGCUCCUAUGCUCUAGCUUACUCUUUGCGCCUCUGUAAAUUACUUGGUAUGUUUCUGAACAUGCCUAGUUGCCAUCCUCUCUACUUUGCAUAGUCCUUUUGCACUGUUCAGUUACGCUCACGACCCAUGCUAUUUCCACAGAGACUUCACGGUGCUAUCCUGCCAUAUUCCCUCCAAUUGGCAUUGACGUUUUUGAAGGCUGCAGUUCACACAAGUGCCAUUUAUUGGGGCCUGUUUGCAGGCUGUGUUUGGAAUUCUUGUUUUUCUGGCUGGGUGUGUAUUUGUGGGGUGGGCUUGUGCCUUUGGGGCUAGUACUUGGCACGAGUCUUGGGCUUUCCGUUCACAUCCCCCUUGUCCCACGUCUACCAAACUGAAAUCUCUGCAAGGAGACCGCCUCCGUUCCUUGCAACAGACACGGCUUCUCAAUGCACCAGUUACCAAGGAUGUACUAAGCCCCUUUGCCCCUGAGCACAGACUUUGAGUCCAUGUUAAUAUAUGGGCUGUAGCUAGCAAUGUUUAUAUGAGAUGUUGUCAGACUGUGGCUCCCAAUAUUCCUGACCGUUGGCCAUACUGACUGAGUCUUGCAGGAGAUGAGGUCCUGCAACAUCUCAAGCACCACCAGCUCCCCAUUCCUGGUUUAUAUGAUCAAAACUAUGUGGGCUCAUUGGAUACACAUGGCUUCUAGCCAAACUAGCUUCCCUGUGUCUCAGCUCAUGAAAUAUCUUAUCCUUAUCAUCCAACUUGAGGGAAAAUUGGCUAAUGAGGCUUCUGAUCUAAUUCUGUAGCAGUAAUAUAAUAAUAAUAAUUAUAAUUUAUUAUUUCUACCCUGCCCACCUGGCUGGGUUUCCCCAGGCACUCUGGGUGGCUCCCAACCAAAUAUUAAAAACACGAUAAAACAUCAAACAUUAAAAACUUUCUUAAACAGGGCUGCCUUCAGAUGUCUUCUAAAAGUAUGAUAGUUGUUUAUUUCCUUGACAUCUGAUGGGAGGGCAUUCCACAGGGCGGGCACCACUACCAAGGAGGCCCUCUGCCUGAUUCCCUGUAACUUCACUUCUCACAGUGAGGGAACUGCCAGAAGGCCCUCGGAGCUGGACCUCAGUGUCCGGGUAGAACAAUGGGGGGUGGAGACGCUCCUUCAGGUAUACUGGGCCGAGGCCGUUUAGGGCUUUAAAAGUCAGCACCAACACUUUGACUUGUGCUCGGAAAUGUACUGGGAGCCAAUGCAGGUCUCUCAGGAUCUGUGACACAGAAGUAUUUUAAUUUUGUUAUUAAAUUUGUCUCUCGCUUGAUCUUGCCCGGGGCAAUCCAGAGCGACAUAACAACCAUACAAAUGGACAGUAACCCACCCACCCCAUUAAAACCGAGAGGAAAGAGAAAUACAUUAAAUGCAUCCCACUUGCUUCUAAAAGGCCACAGAUAGUUAACGGCCAAAGUAGAUAUUUACCUGGGACUUUUGCCAGCGCCAAGGGUGGAGAAGGCGGUGUCACCUGACAGUUAAGUAAAGACAGCUUGUAAAGACAUGAUUAGUCGAAACAGGUUUUUGCCCAGCGAAUGGCGUUCCUUAUAUAUAUCUGGCUCAAGGCAGUAGCAGCAAAGCGUCCCUGUGCUUUGUCAUCGUGACAUUUUGACAUGUUUGACAUUUUGUUAAGUGAAGGUUGGAAUGCUGUAGAGAAACAACAGGUGCUCUCGAUAAACUAAAGUUGCGUGAAAGCAGCCUAUGCCAUGUUAAGCCUGAUGUAUAAACUUAAAAGCACAGGUGAUGCAAAACAAGGCAGUAAACUUUAAUGGGAGAGCUGUAACUGCAGAUUUGUGCUAUCUCUCUCUCUCUCUGUGUGUACAGUUUUAACUAGUAGAGUUGAGAUCAAAGGCAUGUCACCUUGCAGGCAGCAGCAGAAAUGCCUUGGCAGCCUUUGACCUGACUCUCGGAAUCAAUGAAUUAGAAACCCGGAUAACUCUAGUUUGCAUCUAAUGCAUUUCAGAAUGUAAUAAUAGCUGGGUCCCCCUUCUAGCAACAAGAAUCGCAGGCAGCUGAAGCUUAGCAGUGCUGAUUUGAAAUUAGUGUACACACCAAUUACACGUGAAUCUUUUACAAUAUUGAUGAGAUUGGAACCGAAUUGUGGGUUGUUGUUGUUGUUUUAGCCUUUCUGAUCCUGCAGUUUCGAAAAUAGGAAAUAGUUCCUUUUCCAAAAUUGGUUUUAAAAAAGAAGAAAACAAUUAAAGAGAGCUUUUGCUUGCAACAAGGAGCAAGCAGCCCCUCCCAAAAACACGCCGUUUGGAAAUUUAUAUUAUUUGUUUGUUUGCUGGAUUUAAUAACAAAUGAUUCAAACAAUUAAAAUAGUGUAGAACAGCUGGUAGAAAAUGUGUUUUUGGAUGGCAGCAUUCAGGACUACGAUUCUUACCAUGGCCACUUCUAUACUUUGGCCACACCCACUUUGCCAUGUGACCCUCCUGAGGGGGCACCAUGGUCAUUGUGGCCCUCGGUACAUUGUGGCUCCCUGUUUGGGGAGACUGGGUCAACCCCAUCCAUAACAGUUUGAAGGCCGCCUAACUAGGCAGAUGAACCUCCCAUUAACCAUACCUUUGUUUUGUCUGGCUCGAGUCUUGGUUUAUUGGGCCUCAUCCAGUCCUUCUGUUCCCAAGCACUGUUUCAAAACAGCCCCUGCCUCUCCUGAUUUGAUAAAAGAGAGAUACAGAGCUGGUGCCCCCUGCAUCUUAAUGAUGCCUCACCUCACACCCCCAGACUCAUGACAGUUUCAUGUGGAUGUUGAGUAGAAUUGGUGAUAAAAUGGAUUUCUAUGGGGAAGUCCAUAGCAUAAGUGCUGUAGGGUCAUCCGCCAGCACCAUCUUCUGCAUUUAGCCAUCUAAGUAGAAAAGGGAGCAUUAAAAACCAGGGUCUCCCACCUCUAAACCAGACAGCCCAUCAACACUGAUACCAUGGUCGCUGGUGAGAAAAGUCCUAGAGCAGGCAUGGCCAAACUUGGCCAUCCAGCUGGUUUGGGACUACAACUCCCAUCAUCCCUUGCUAACAGGACCAGUGGUCAAGGAUGAUGGGAACUGUAGUCCCAAAACACCUGGAGGGCCAAGUUUGGCCAUGCCUGCCCUAGAGAAUCAACAGGGUCUCACACUCCCUCAUCUCAUCCAGUAGAGUAACCAAGCAACUUCUGUCCAUGAAGCCCAGCCUAAAAUCCAUUUCAUCUAAGACAACCUGAAUCUGGCUGAAGAAGAAGAAAGGGGGAAAAAAACAAUUUUCAGAAGCAUAAUAACUGAAUUCUGAAACAUCUUCCUUUUCUGCAGGUGUGACCCAUGCAGCCAUCUGGGCAGCUUGCAUUUCCUACCUAAGUGCUGCUGUUCCUCCCGAAUUAAGAACUUCCGCUCAGGGUAUUCUGCAGGGCCUCCACCUUGGCCUGGGCAGAGGGUGCGGAGCAAUGGUUGGAGGAGUGCUGGUCAACUAUUUCGGUAAGAGAAACAUGUUGGAUAGUUCCAUUAGCAAUUUGCUCUCCUUUCAUGCAUUUUGGAUGCUGCUUCAUUAAAUGUUUCCCAGCCCUUCGCUUCCCUAUGCUUAAGUUAUGUUAGCCAAAUGCUGAUAUCAUGCUUGUGUUUUCUUUGGGGGGGGGUGUUGUGUUAUGUAUGAAAUUGUGUGGAUACUUGACACACCAAUUUAGAAGAACCUGUAUCUUUAAGACAUUUCUUUUACCUGUCAUCUUGAAAGCACCUAAUAAUAAUAAUGAUAAUAUGCUGUUGUUGUUGUUGUUGUUGUUGUUGUUGUUGUUCUUCUUCUUCUUCUUCUUCUUCUUCUUCUUCUUCUUCUUCUUCUUCUUCUUCUUCUCCUCAUCCCACCCAUCUGGCUGGGUUUCCCCAGCCACUCUGGGCAGCUCCCAACAGAAUAUUAUUAAUAAUAAAGCGAUCAAACAUUAAAAAUUUCCCUAAACAGGGCUGCCUUCAGAUGUCUUCCAAAAGUCAGAUACAGUGCUACCUCUGGUUGCACACAGGAUCCGUUCCGGAGCUCCAGUCGGAUCCUGAGGAAUUUGCAACCGGAGGUGCCACUUCUGCACAUGAAUGCAGUUUAGUGCUUCUGCGCAUGCGCGCAGUGAAACCUAGAAAAAUACUUCCGGGUUUGCCGCGUACGUAUCCCGAAGGAUACGUAACCGGAAAUGAACGUAAGUAGAGGUCCCACUGUAGUUGUUUAUUUCCUUGACAUCUGAUGGGAGGGCAUUCCACCGGGCGGGCACCACCACCAAGAAGGCCUUAACAGUUGUAUUCAAAUGAAGAACAGAAUGGAAGAUGAUCCCAUACUUUGGAAAUAUUUUCAAGUCCCGAUACACACAGGUGUGGCGUACCCAAUUUGGGCAUGCAUCAAAGGUUCUAAACAUUAACCCCCAACUUGCCAUAUCUGUCCCUUGCUGAGUACUCUUGGUUUCAUGCAGGAAUUUAGAGACAUUGAUCAUGCAUUCAUGGUCAGAAGAGGAAGUCUGCCCGCCAGUUGUUAGCAUAAAUUCAAUGCUUUGAGCAUCGUGAGCAAAUUUUAUUCACUUUAAGUUAGCCAUGCCGAAAGGGAAAGGACCCUUGGAUGGUUUAGUCCAGUCGAAAUCGACUAUGGUGUGUGGCUCUCAUCUGCUUCCAGGCCUUUGUCCGCAGACAGCUUUUCUGGGUCAUGUCGCCAGCAUGACUAAACCGCUCCUGGCGCAACGGAAGCCAGAGCACACAGAAACGUCGUUUACCUUCCCGCCACAGCGGUACCUGUUUAUCUCCCUGCACUGGUACGCUUUUGAUCUGCUAGGUUGGCAGGAGCUGGGGCAGAGCAACGGGAGCUCACCCCGUCAUGGGGAUUUGAACCGCCGACCUUCUGAUCGGCAAGCCCAAGAGGCUCAGUGGUUUAGACCACAGCGCCACUCGCGUCCUUAGACAUGCUGUAGUUCCACUAAAUCCAAGCCAUGGUGUUUUAAAUGCUUCUACAACUUCUCUCCUAAUGUUUUCAUCCAAAGGGUGUGGUCUAAGUGGCUUAGACCACAUUAAAAGUGCAAUCCUGUGUAUGUCUACUCAGAGGUGCAUCAGAAGAUAGAUAGAUGAUAGAUAGAUAGAUAGAUAGAUAGAUAGAUAGAUACCGUAAUUUUCGCUCUAUAAGACGCACCAGACCAUAAGACGCACCUAGUUUUUGGAAGAGGAAAACAAGAAAAAAAUAUUCUGAAUCCCAGAAGCCAGGACAGCCAGCGGGAUCGCUGCGCAGCGAUCCUGCUGGCUGCCCUGGCUUAUGGGAUAGCCGUGCACAGCCUCUCCCGGGCUGGGGAGGCUGUGCGCGGCUAAGCAAGAAGCUAGGACAGCCAGCGGGAUCGCAGCAUAGUGGCUCUUUAAAGGGAGCGAUGAACAGAGCCUCCUGCCUGCAUUCACUCCACAAGACGCACACACAUUUCCCUUUAAUUUUUAGGAGGGGAAAAGUGUGUCUUAUAGAGCAAAAAAUAAGGUACAUAUAUAUAUAUAUAUACCUAUAAAGAUGCGAAUCUGCCUUACUUUUGAGCUAGACCUUUGGUCCCUCUAGUUCAUUACAAGUCUGGCUAGAAAUCGCUCUUUGCAUGAUUGAAUUGGGUCUCACUCUUCCUUGCUUCUCUCCACAGGAGCUGCUUCGACAUUCAGAGGGAUAGGAAUGGCCUGUCUUGUGAUCCUAUUGCUUUUUGCUUUGAUCCAGUGGGUGGCAGUUCCUGAUGAGAAAGAAGGUAGGUAGAUUAUUCCCAUAUGUUCAGAGGCACCCAACCAAACAGCAUUUUCCCCUGCCUCUUGGGGUGAUCUCCUCAUCUGCUUUGAACUCUUUUCCUCUCGUGCCCAUUUAGUCUCAUUGAUCAUUUGACUUGAGUCAUAACCUUAAGGCUAUAGGGCCGGGCUUACUUUUAAUUGACCUCGUGUUUUCUUCUGUUUAAAGCAGAACUUUCCACGCUGGGCACAUGGGCUUUUUCAAUAGAAGACAUACUUAAUAAGCAAAAAUGUUGAGUCCUCUGUCCACAAGACAAACUGAUCCAGAGACAAGGGAAAGACAGCAGCACUUGAACAUUAUUAUUAUUAUUAUUAUUAUUAUUAUUAUUAUUAUUGGAUGUCUCUGGGAAUGGGGGUCUAAGAGCGAAAGAGCUUGCUAAGGAUAGGCACUGCCCCAUAGCUGAAUUUGUCUUGCUACCUUACGUAUAAUUCAUUUUAAAGCAUGAGCAGAUUCUUGAUAAACUGAGCUGCAGUAAGAAAAUAGCGCUCCAUCUGAGUCAGGGGUAGGCAACCUAAGGCCCAUGGGCCGGAUGCAGCCCAAUUGCCUUCUCAAUCCGGCCCACGGACGGUCCGGGAAUCAGCGUGUUUUUACAUGAGUAGAAUGUGUGCUUUUAUAUAAAAUGCACCUCGGGGUUAUUUGUAGGGCAUAGGAAUUCGUUCAUCCCCCCCCCCCAAAAAAAAUAGUCCGGCCCACCACAUGGUCUGAGGGAUGGUGGACCGGCCCAUGACUGAAAAAGGUUGCUGACCCCUGAUCUGAGUUAUUCUUAGCAGCAGGUGGGCCCAGGGAAGCCAUUGUGGUGUUUUGGACUACCACAACUGCAAGCUACACUGUGUCCAUCAGCUGGUUACCCCCUUGGCUUCCUCCUCUCCCAUUAUUUCCCAACUUUCCCCUCAUCUGCCUCUGAGCUGUGACCUUCCUCAACCCCCUGUUGUAAAUCUAAACUGUCUUCCUCUUCCUCCUCCCUGGAAGGGUCAGGAUGGGGAGGCGGUCUCCACAAUUCCUCUUCUGCCCAGUCCCUGACAAUUACAGGGGGUUGCACUGAGUGUGUCCCUUUGCAUGAAAGAACCAUAGAACAGUGGAUUCUAUUAUUCUUUCCAUUCAGGGCUUGAGGGUUUGGGCAUUCUGAAAAGUGCCCUUGAUUGCUCAGAAGUAAAUUUUGUAGGGCAACAGGGUGGAUUUGAUUUAAAUUACGAUUUAAAAUCACUAGUCAGUAAGACUUGAUUUAAAUCAUUUUUUUUUACAAAAAGACUCAUUCUUGCUAGUGUAAUCUUAAUAUUUGCAACCAAAUAAAUUUUCAGAGUCGUUUUUACGGUUCUAUCUGAAAUUACUGAUUUGGUUAUACUAUUAGAAAUACAUGGACCGAUCAUUAUGAAAUUACUGUGAGGUUUAAUAAGUUAACUGUUUAUAUUUGGACAACCUUUCUUCUGUACUUUAUUGGAAGGAAAAAAAUAAUAAUUUGCUUAAUAACAAUUUAAACAAUUUAUUUAACUAAAACAAUAAUGUUAUAUCAUAUCCAUGUAUGUUUACUGAUGCAGUUAAACAAUUUUCUUUAAAAAACAACAACCCUUAAGACUGGGUUUUAAGCACACAUGAAAAACUGAAAAUAAAUCCUAUUUCCUGAUGAAUAGCCCUUGGACUGUAAUGUAACCUAAAUAGAAAAUUAUCUUUGGAAAUAUUUUCCCUCCAAAACCAUUUUAUUUUAAAAAUCCGAUUUAAAUUUUUUUAAAAAUCUGAUUUUUAAAAUUUUAUUAUUGAUUUUUAUCCACCCUGUACAGCAGGGGUCGGCAACGUAAGGCCCAUGGGCCACAAGCAGCCCAUGGGGGUCAUUUAACCAGCCCACGAGCCGCCCCUGAACCGAGCCGCCCCCUUGGCCAGUCCCUGCGCAUGUGCAGAUGCCGGAAAUCGCGCACGCGAUCAGGCCCACGGAGGAAUCUACGCUGGAGUGAACCGGCCCGGGCGAGGUAAACCUUGCCGACCCCUGCUGUACGGCAACGAAUACUGACCUUUCAAACGGUUAUUUUGAACUUCAGAGAAAACCAUGCUGGCCGAAAGGAUCCCAGUGCCUUCCAGCCCUGUGCCCAUAGCCACCAUUGACCUGGUACAGCAGCAGACGGAAGAUAUCAUGCCUCGGCCAGAGCCCAAGCUUCCUCCCAAGAAAACAAAGCACCAGGAAGAGCAGGAAGACGUCAACAAGCCUGCUUGGAGUGUCAGCUCUUCCCCCUGGGUCACUCUUGCCUAUGCUCUCUAUCAGAUCAAGGAAAUGGUCCAGCUCUCCAAAAGCAACCAGGUGCUCGAGAACCAGCCUUUGCAGGUAACCCACGCUUUGCUGCCUAAAAGGUGUUUUUAGGAGGAGAGAGGUUUUUAGGGUUCCAAGGAAACGUUCUUGGGGUUAGAUGUGAUCAUUGGUACCUGCCAUCCCUUUCUUAAUUCGUGUCGUCAAACCCAACAGCAGAGAAACGGGUUGCAAAUAAGGUUUCUUGCACAGUUAGUGGUGGCAACCCCAUCCAAAAAGUGGGAAAUGGCUCAAUUCAUUUCCUAGCUUAUUCUCCUGUUUUGACAGGUGUGCUUACCUGACAGGCGAAGGUCUCUUGCAAGCCUUCCCGAAUUCCUAGCUGUUAAGCUUUGCAUUCCAAAAGAAAUAGCAAUGGGGGUAUCUCAACCACGCAGAUCUGUCCAUUGGGGUGUUUAGGGCAGUCUAGGAGUGGUGUACACAGGGGGUUCUGGAGAAGAAUUAUGGGGCUUCUCUUCUUGGAGGUAAACAAUACAAGCCCCAGAAGGUUGUAUCUGGGGGGCUUGAGCUCAUAAACUCCGUGGGUUGUCUCCAUAUGCAACAUGGAAGCUCCUCCGAUUGUGGUUAUUCAACAAAACUUAUUAGCUGCUGCUUGAAUACUGACUAGAGAGAGUUCUGCUUCAUGCAACCACAGACUUAAUCUACGGAAUAUGCUUUACCACAAGAGGAGAUAAUGUGUAUAUCUUACAAGGGUGGGUUUUUUGGUGGUUUUCUUUUUUCUUGGAAAGGGCAGAUAACCAGUAGAAAUUAGCCACAACAGCUAUAUGCAGCCUCCAAGCAUCAAAUUAUUUGCGGCAGGUUGAUGCAGAGCAAGGCUGGAAACAAAGCCAGUCUUAAAAGUACCUGGAUUUUGGGAAGAAGGUUCUGUCUCACACUCACACACACACACACACACACACACACACACACACACGGGGUUCCCUUUAAAUAUGGGCUCUCCCUGACUUGAUUAUAUACAUAUACAUACAUACAUAUAUAUAUACACACACACACAUAUAUAUAUAUAUGUGUGUGUGUGUGUGUGUGUGUGUGUGUGUAUUCAGUUGGUUAAUCAAAUGAUGUUUAAUUCACUGAAUCUUAAAAUGCAUAAAUGUGUGUGCAAGGAAAAAAAAUCCGAAGAAAAUAGCAUUACAGUCGUACCUUGGUUCUCGAACGGAAUCCGUUCCAGAAGUCCAUCCGACUUCUGAAAACGUUCAAAGACCAAGGCGUGGCUUCUGAUUGGCUGCAGGAGCUUCCUGCUCUCAAUCAGAAGCCGCCUCGGAUAUCCAGCUUCCAAAAAACAUCUGCAAACCGAAACACUCACUUCCGGGUUUGUGGCAUUCAGGAGUACCAAGGUACGACUGUAUUUGUUUUAAUUGAUGUGCACGGCCGUCACCACCCUAGAAAAGCCAUGCUCCCUUCUCAGCAUUGGAGAGGAUGCUUCUUAUAAGGUAGCAACUAUCACUUUUUAAAAACUUGCUUUUUAAAAAAGAACCCCCCCCCCCAACUAAUGAGAAUCUCCUGAUUAAUCAGGUACAUAUUUGUGAUCAAUUAACUGGAUUGUUGACAGUGUCCAUUGCCCCACUUUGGACUGAGGUGUAGCCAGCCUCCUAUGUCAGGCUUCCUCAACCUCGGCCCUCCAGAUGUUUUGAGAUUACAAUUCCCAUCAUCCCUGACCACUGGUCCUCCUAGCUAGGGAUCAUGGGAGUUGUAGGCCAAAAACAUCUGGCGGGCCGAGGUUGAGGAAGCCUGUCCUAUGUGAUUUGCUGCAAUGAUGCACGGGGGCCAAAAUUUGGAGCAAAAGUCCUGCCCCCCCCCAACACAACAGGGUGGUCAUUGCGUUUUGAAAUAAGUGAGUAGACAUUGCCAUCUAUAGAGCUCCCCUCACUCUACAAGGCCAGAGUUUAAAAUUACCAAAUUCCACUAGUAAUUUGCAGGCGGGCUUCAGCAACAAAAGAAGGAAAACAUUCACAUUGUUGUAAGGCAGUGGGGGAACCUAUCAACACCGCUGUUGAAUCCAGAGUUUUGAAAAACCUGGUGUGUGUUUGCCUGAAAGUAUGCUGUACUAACUACUUCUUUAAUGUGCUGUUACACUCAAGCAACAUUUGCCUUUAAUUCCACCAAGAUCUUCACAAGCAGCUUAACCGGCUAAUGACAAAAUUAUUAGUUUUGCCAUCAAGAGGAGUCUCUGCCUCAUAAAGCAGGCACUUGAGCAGCUGUCUUAAAAAUGAGAUUAAAUGUGUCCCUUCAGAGGUUGGCACUAAUGAUAGCUCAUUGAUACUUUUGCACAAGAAUCUGUUCCACUACUAUCUAAAGCACCCAGGGAUAAGCAUCUCAGCCCUUGAAUGAUAGAUGUCACCCACAUUAGAGUCAGGAAAGAAUAUGGCCCGUUUGCAGCCAUCGGACCCAAGCUAGCAGGGAGAUCUGAAUACACAAGCCUGCUGCCAUGUUCCAAUUGGGCCGCAAUGGUCUGUGGGAAUUGUUUAGUGUUUGGAUUUGGGGGGGGGGUCGUGUUAACUUUUAGCUUUAGCUUUAUGUUUGCAUAUUGUAGAAACGGAACUCGUUAAAAAUACCAGAGAAAAUGUUACAAUCUCCCUCCCCCCCCUUUUUUUCAUGAGUGGGAAAAUGGCCUGCUGCUUAGUAAGUCUCCUGAAAUAUUCAUAGCUCAGCUCCAGAAAUAGCAAACUCUAACUCGCUGUGGUGCUAAUGCAAAGGAUUACACGGAAAAUAUGUCAAGGAAAGUAUGCGCACAGGAGCGCCAAAAUGUGUUAACAAGCCGUAGGGAUGUGUUGCGUUAUUGCCUAUGUAACAUUUCGAGAGAACGUUUUUUUGCCUUAAAAUACAACAAGUUCUUUUCAUGCAUGCUUCUUGGGGAAGAGCAGUUAGGAAAAGAUAAUAAGCAAGGUAAGUUUUUUGACAUCUUGCUGUCCAACGUUUUUACCUGGAUAUGAUAGCGCUUCCCCCUAAUUGCUUUUAACGCUUAUGUGCCGUGCUGUCUAUGAUUUUUUUCGUUGCUGCUGUUGUUCUGACAAGGCUGCCUGGCUUACCUGCUGUAGAAGGAUAUGUGCGCUUUCCUGAGCAGCGGGAAAACUGCAAGUAUGCAUUUUUACAUGGGAUCCUUUCUCUUUCCUAGAAAGCCAACAAUAGUCAUGACUCUCCACCAAGCGUCCCUCAGAAUCAAAGCAGCGAUGCGUCUUCAGAGACUUCUGUACCUACGGCAGCUCCUGAAACCCAUCUCAGCCCAGGCUGCCCUGAUCCAGACCCAGCUCCCGCAGAUUGCAGCGCUCAGCCUCCCGAGGCAGGGCAGGAAUAGGCCUUUGCUGCCUGUCUUCAUCUUGCUGCACUGGAUCCUGCUCUUUGGGGGGAGCUGAGAGGAAUGCUGAAACGAAAAGCUUGAAACUGCAGCUCCCUUCAUCUCCGCAAUGGUAACCUGACACAGCACGCAUUUUUAAAUAUUUAAGGCCUUUUCUGUGUCAAAGCCCAAUAGGCCUGUGGCAGGAUGGACUAAAAACCUAGGAAGGCUAGGCCAGAAGAGGCCGGUGUCAAAAUAACUAGCAGAGGAGUUAAAAUAUUCCACACAAAACGCAUUUCAACCUUUGCGGGAAUGAGGUUUGGGGUCCAUUUGUGCGUAAACAAAAUGGAAAUCUAACCUGGUAGUGGAUUUAAUUUGUGAAAGGGAAGUUUUCUUCGGUUCUGAAAGAGGAAUGCUGCCUUGCAUUCCUUCUUGCUCGAGACAAUGAAUUAUUAUUAUUUUUAAAAUCAGUUCUUAGGGAAGGGGAAAAGAGAAUUCAUAGGUAUUUCUCUCCACCCACCCACCCUAAAUCUAUGUUAAUUUAUUGGGAGGCAUAUUAGUUUCCCAAGGACAGAUGCAUAAACUACUGAAACUCUAUAGAGAGACUACACUAGUUAAAUACCUAAAUGAAGGAGCGGCUUAGAAUUCUGUCUUUUGUAAAGACUUUCAGGAACUUUGAAUAGCUUUGGGCCAGUUGAGUUCUAUGUUAAAAACGAGUCUUGGAACCUUUUGAACUGGCCAGGUUGCUGUUCACUGCUCUCUGGCCAGGCCGCAGGGCAUUGGUAAGGGCAUUUAGGCUGAAUCAAAACCAUUCGGCUGCCUACAACCCUUCGUUUACGAGGCUGUGGGUUAGGGCUUGUGUUUGUGUUGUGUAGAUUCGGCGUUAUGCAUAAAAAACUCCGCUUGACUGCAAUUGUUCCGUUUGUGAGAAUAUGGGACCCUGUUGACCCAACCCAACGCAGGGAGAAACAGUCUGUGGAGGUGAAUCUUUCCUUUCGAACCCUGUUGUAGUCAGCUAUGGGGUAUUUGCGUUCAUGCUGAGAGGCAGGAGCCACAUAUGCACAUCUGGGACCGAUGGCUCUUCUCCUAGCUCACAUAGGAUGUCAGAAUCCUUUUUUGGACUUGGGGGACGCCCAAGUCUUGCCAGGGAAAACCCAUAACAGGAUUCACAUGUGGUUCGUGCUGAUAGCACCUUUUGUUUGGUGCAAGAGAGGGGAUCCUUGUGAGCUUGGCCACUGCACUUCUUGAUCAGGGCCAAUAUGUUUUAUCUCACGAUAGUGUAAAAUUUAUUUUAUUGGGGGGGGGCGGUUAUAUUUAUUUAUAGCAGGGGUGAGGAGCUUGCGGUUCUCUAGACGUUGCUAGGACUACACAUACCAUGAUUCCUGACCAUGGGCUGUGGCUGAUGGGAGCUGGAGUCCAGCAGCAUUUGGGGGGGGCAGACUGCCAGUUCCCCACUCGAUGUGUGGGGUACAUUUAAAGUGCCUGUGGACUGCCAAAAGAGGUGGGACACAACUCCUAAUGGUUCUUGGUUAGGAAAAGGUGAAAUCAUUAAUAUAAACAUAGCUGGAAUGACAGGAGAGCCAUCCUACGUAAAUCAAAAAUCGGCACAGUACGUUUUGAGCUGUCGCGACAACACUUUGUGUUGCUUGUCAAAUACACUGGCAGAUUCAGGUUUCUUUUUCUUUUCAUGUUUCCCAAAUGUUAGUCGAACCCGCUUUUGCCGAUUAUAGCUGAGAAAAGAAAUGUUAUGGUGGCUGGGACAACCCAGCCAGACAGGUGGCGAAUACAAUUAUUAACAUUAUUAUUUAUUCCAGGCCGAAGCCUUGAGGCUCAAGAGGGUUGCUAAAAGCUUUCUCUCCUGAGGAACAGCUGCUUAAAAAGGGCAGAGUUGCCCUCAUACUGAAAGGCAGCACAGAACCAAACCACUGUUGUCUUCUGGCAGCCAAGCGACGUGGCAAAUGGCUGUGUUUGCCCCCCACCCCAGCACUUACACCCCUGGGCAGACCAGCCCGUAUACUAAGAUUCAUUUCCUGAACUGGCUUUUGGGUGGCAACGGGGAGAGACAUUCCAUUCCAUGUAAUCGAGACAAGCGAUGGCCGCAGGCGAUCAAUCCUUUUAAAAGGCGAACGGAAAUGUACAGCCUGGUGUCCACCCCCUAGGUGUUUUGGACUACAUCUCCCAUCAGCCCCAAACACAACAGUGUGACCCUGAGACUUCUGGGAGUUGUAGUCCCAAAAGGCUGGAGUGGGGCUCCAGGCUUGGCAAAGGCUGCUUGCAAGGAAGCAUGUCAGAUUUUUAGAUCUGUUCUAGGCAAAGCUGCGUGGGGGGUCACACUUUGCUCGAAUGCAGACCACAUAACGGAAUACCUCAAGCUAGGUUGUGAGGAAGGCAAAAGAGCCCCUCAGAUUUCCGCAUGGAAUACUAUGGGGUAUUUCCAAUGCAUAAGCCUUACAGAAUCUAGACGUGGACACCUGGGACCAAACAACAGAGAGUAGUUGAUAAGUGUUUUGGGUUUUUUUGCACUUCCACUUAAAUGUACUGUAAAUUUCUCAUGACUUGUUUAAGUGUCCUUUAAAAGAAAGAGAAUCGGAAUUGUAUUUAUUAUGUUACAGCUGGGGUACGUGUGUGUGGAGGUUAGGAAACAACCAAGCAGAUGACAGGCUAAAAACAGUUUAAAAAUAAAAUAUUAAACCCUCUCUUUAGCUAAUUCGUAGAGAGAUUCACAUGGCUAACGUUGCCAGUAACACCUUAAUGUGCAGCAGCUGCAUUGUAACGCUUCGAGCUUAUGCGUUAACGUUUACACGUCUGAAUUGUCUGUUGAACCUGUUCCUUUGUUACACGCGGGCAAUGAGACCGUACACGGGUUUUCGUAUUUGUGGAAAUUGUUAAGAUGUAGUGAGAGAAAUAAAAUUUCACUGUAUAUGUAAAACA